ACAACAACAAACAGGUAUAAAAUUGUUUACUUAUUUCGAUUAACGUUGAUGAAUUGAUAGAUUUUUAUUGUUGUAUAUGUUUAUUGUUAUUUGUGUAUUUGAAAUGUAGGGUUGAAUCUUCUCACUGGGCUUUAAAAAGAGUGUUACAAAAUAGCCUUGGAAACUUAUGCAGUGUUUGGGAUGCCAUGAACAACAUGGUGACGCUACAGCACACGGAAAUUAGAGCAUCAUUUGAAACAAGUACACAUGUCAUUGGACAUGUAUUCAGAAAAACCUUAUACAAGAGUCUUCUUGGAAUGGUUUCAAGGUAUGCUUUAAAUCAGAUUGCUGCUGAAUUUGAGAGUGUUCACUAUGCUGGCAACAAUCCUUCCAGUUGUGGUUGUGUGAUGAGAACGACGCACGGUCUUCCUUGUGCUUGUGAUCUAUUCAAAUAUGUUGUUGGUUGCAUCCUGUUGGAUUCAAUCCAUAUGUUCUGGAGGAGACUCAAUUUUUCAGAUCAAGGGAUAUCUGAGCCCGAGGUGAGCAUCAAGGAAGAAAUCGAAACAAUAUCCAAAAGAUUUGAUGAACUUGAUGUUUGUGGUAAGUUUACUCUGAAGACAAAGCUUCGGGGAAUUGUAUACCCUAAUCAGAAUUCAAUGUGUCCUCCUCCAGCAAAGGUUAACACAAAAGGUGCAUCGAAAAAACCGAUGAAAAGAAACCCAAGGUCAACAAAGCGUGAUCCAUCUUAUUAGGAGUAUGUAGAUGCAUUUCAUUCUCUACAAAAUAGCAAUUCGUCAGUGAGGCGUAGUUCAUCAUCUUCUGACCAACCCAAUCCAAGAAGGAUGAUGCCUAUGUUGGAUCAAUUUCAGCCAUUUAUCCACGACUUCAUUGAUAAUAUUGUUGAUGUCGGUGCUGAUGAAAAUUGUGGAUAUCGGGCGGUUGCCAGUUUAUUAGGUAUGGGUCAAGACCCUUGGUCAUUGGUCUACACCCAUCUGCUUAUAGAACUUGCCAAAUUCGCAGAAGACUAUAUCAAGCUCUUUGGUGGCACAGACAGAUUUGAGAAUUUAAGGAUGUCACUACAUGUUGAUGGGUUAACCACGGUCACUAUGGAUAAGUGGAUGGAUAUAACCGACAUGGGAUAUAUAAUUGCAUCAAGGUAUAAUGUAAUCCUUGUAUCCUUGUCUCCCCAACAAAACAUGAUGUUCUUUCCUCUUAGAAGUCAACCACCGGGAGAUCCUUCGGUGCAUCGCAUAAUUUGUAUCGGUCACGUCAAUGACAAUCAUUUUAUUCAGAUUAAUUUAAAAGAUUGUUGUCCUUUACCGUCGAUAUCAUUGUUAUGGUCCACCAGUUGUCAUACUCAGGCGAAGCAGUAGCCAACUCCAUAUAUUAGUAGAAUGCAACAUUAUAGAAGCUUGAUGUCGUACAAAAGAGACUAUGUUGACUUAAAUGAUGAUUGAAAAUGUACCUCUGUUUAUUUGUUAUGUUAACAUAAAAAUUUGUUGCUUAUUCGAAAAAAAAUCAUUGUUGCAACUAAAAUAAAGUAUGCAUGUAUGAUAAGUCGUUGUCUAAGUUGACAAUACAUUAGGAAAUGCAAGCGUGUUAACAUAAAACAUGACAGGACACUAUAAGACUUGACUACACGUUGAGAAA